UUUUUAUUUUUUAUUUUAUUUUAUUUUCUUUUCAUUUUUUUUUUCUCUCUUCAUAUAUUUCCCUUUUUCAAAUUUUAUUACAGCAAACUUGCUACUUAUUUCAAUGGAGAAUGAAAAGGCCAAAGUUUUAACUUCUCCCUAUAAUGAAAAGCAAUUGACUGAAGUAUCUGAAAAUCAUACACAAGAUAUUAAUAACACUGAUAAUGAAGAAUUGAGCGACGAUUUGAGAAUUCACGGCGGUGAUACGGCCCUUGCAAAUGCUUCCUGGAAAUACAAAUCAAUUGCAUUAAUUACUGCACUUUUAUUUCCAUUUGGCUCACAUUUUUCUGGAAGUGCUCUUUCUGCUAUGAAAAAGCAGAUUACAACAAAUCUUCAAAUUUCAAAUACUAGAUAUGGAGUUAUUUCUGCUUCUGUUGCUAUCAUUAAUACGCUAUUCCCCAUUGCUGGUGGUAUUUUUAUAGAUAUCUUUGGUUCAGUUUGGGGUACACUAGCUAUAAAUUUUAUGGUUAUCCUUGGCUCUCUUCUCACUGCUAUUGCCGCUAAACUUAAAUCCUAUCCUCUUAUGGUUGUUGCUCGUGUUAUCUUUGGUAUUGGUAGUGGUCUGAUUGUGACGAUGCAAGAAUCUUUACUUUCAAAAUGGUUUCGUACUCAGCAUUUAUCAAUUGCUAUAGGUCUGCAGUUAUCCAUCAGUCGUCUUUCAACGUUUUUAGGUACCUUAGUUUCAAAUGCAGUUGCUGAAGCUACAGGUGAUUGGGUUUGGGCCUUUUGGUUAUCCUUUAUUAUAUGUGGAUUCUCGAUCCUAAUGAAUCUUAUUUAUGCUCUAGUGGUUAAACACCUGAAAGGGCAAGUAACACUGUCAGAAAAGGAAAAAGAAUUACUAAAAAAGAAAAAGACAUUUAAAUGGCGUUCAAUUUUCAAAUUUCCACUGAUCUUUUGGCAUAUUAUUUUUAUUGAAUUUAUUUAUGCUGCCGUCUGGUCCUCCUUCCAGACAAUUGCUACUGACUUAAUUAUUAAACAUUUUAAAACAGAUAACGUCUUGGCUGGUUAUAAAGCUAGUGCAUCUCAAGCUGUACCUAUCGUAGCCACUCCUAUUCUUGGGUUCAUUAUGGAUUUCUAUGGUUGUCGUGUGAUAAUUCUCCUCAUUUCUUCAAUUUUCUUACUUCUCAGUUCAGGUCUUUUGGGUUGGACCUAUGUAGAUGCAAUGGUUGGCAUGGUCUUUUAUUCUAUCUCGCUUGCUUUUGGUCCUAUUGCCAUGAUCACCUCCAUAGGAAUGUUGCUCCCAUCUGAAUACAUUGGUACAGGGUUAGGCAUUUAUAAAAGUUCAAAUAAUAUUGGUACAGCCAUUUUAGAUGUUGUUGUAGGAGUUGUUCAAGAUAAUACGAACGGAGGUGCCUAUACGAAUGUGAUGCUUGUAUUUAUUAUCCUGGCUGGUGUUGGAUUUAUUGCCAUCUCAGGGCUAUGGAUUUAUCAAUUUUAUUCCUAUAAUAACCUUUUGGAAGUUAGCCGAACUACGCGUGUUAUUCGUAUGCAAGCAAUUAAUGAUAGGGAGCUUGAGUUAACUACUAAAGGUAAAGAUCCAUAUUCUGAAACUCCCAUAAAAAAGAGUAGUAUUGUUAUGGUUAGUAUAUUCGUUGCUGCUCUUAUCGUUGCAUGGGUACUCUUUUUUGUAUAUUCUAUUCGUGGUGCUGCAUAGUUAAUACAUACAAUACCAAUCUCUUUCUCUUGAUUUAACCAAAGCAAAAAAUAGAAAACAAAAAAAAGCAGUUCAAUUUUAUAUACAAAAAUUAUAUAUUACAGUUUAAUAUACUUUAAUGCUCUAUAAAUUAAUAAUAUUAUUAAAUAAAGGAGCCUACUUCUUUUCUACUCAGUUUUGUAUUCUAUAUAAAUACUUUAAGUCUUUUAUAUAAAUAUGUGUCUAUAUAUUUUACUCCAAGUUAGCGGGCUUUCUU